CUUGAAUUUCACAGGUAACUUGUCGGUUUUCGCACGGUGUGUAUGUUUUAAUGCCUGUAUUUUUAUACUGAUAUUAAAAUUUACAUGUAAUUGUAGAUCUUCGUACUUUCAGGUGGCAUUUCUAGGCUUCUAUAUACAUAAAAAUGUCGGAUUUAGGAUCAGAUGAGUUUGAGGACGAAGCCGGACCAUACCUUGGGGAAUAUGAAGGAGACAGAAAUGAAGAAGGGGAGAGACAUGGUUAUGGGAAAGCCACAUUACCAAAUGGGGAUACCUAUGAAGGCCAAUAUGACAAGGGAAAGAGACAUGGGCAGGGCACAUAUAGAUUCAAGAACAAUGCAAGAUACAUUGGAGAAUAUUUAAGAAACAAAAAACACGGCCAGGGUACUUUCAUUUAUCCAGAUGGAUCAAAAUAUGAAGGUUCAUGGGUAGAUGAUCAGCGUCAUGGGAAUGGAAAAUAUUUUUAUGUCAACGCUGAUUCUUAUGAAGGCGAAUGGCUGAAACACGAGCGGCAUGGACAGGGUGUUUACAUAUAUUCUGACACAGGUUCAAAAUAUGUUGGAACUUGGGUGAGUGGCAAAUGUGAGGGGGCCGGUGAGUUUGUCCAUGCUAACCACAGAUUCCAAGGCAACUGGACAGAUGGCAGUAUGCAAGGUCCUGGAAAAUACAUCUUUGAUAUUGGAUGUGAGCAACAUGGAGAGUAUAUCCCUGUUGAACAGGCACAAGGUGAUGGUGAGGAAGAGGAAUCGGUUACCGUGACGAUACCAAAGUGGAAAGCAGGAAAGAUAACGGCAAUUACUUUGUAUGAGCCAGAAGAAAAAGCAGCAAAUGAUGAAGUUGAAAAUGAGAAAGUCCCAACUCCUGAGGAGGAAGUAAAAGCAUCUGAAGAGGCUCCACAAUCUCCAGCUCCUGCUGAUCCCGAACCUGAAGAGACGCAACCUCCUGCUGCAGAAGAAGCCCCAGCUGCUGAAGAGGCGGAAGAAGAAGCAACUGAAGACGCUGAACCUGCAGAGGCUGAAGAUGCAGCUCCUGCUGAAGAUGACGCGUGAUCAUCUUUAACAAUUUUUCAAUUUUCGUAUUGUUUUGUACACUGUAUACCGUUUGCUUUUCAUGUACCACUCGUUUCCACAAAUAACAAAAAAAUACAAAUUUUCGGAUUUAUUUUUACAAUGACAUAUAAAGAGGGCAAGUUUGCCUUUCAAUUUUUAACAUAUAGAAUUUGCAGAAUAAAAAAUAAAAU